AUGAGGUUCUUCCAAUGUUUUCUUUUUCUAUUGCUCAGGCUGCAUUUAGUGCUUGCAGCAUCCAUCAUCUCGCGGUCCCAUUCUUAUCCACUCAACUCUCAUUCUAAUAUUCUGGGCCCUGAAACCAACCUAAUAAUUGCUAAUAAAGUCAUAGCUCCAGACGGGUUCAAACGCUCUUCAACUCUCGCUGGAGGAAUAUUUCCGGGUCCAAUCAUAGCAGCCCAGAAGGGUGACAAAUUUGCUAUCAACGUUGUGAACAAGCUCACUGAUGAUGCAAUGUUCAAAAGCACCAGUGUGCACUGGCAUGGAAUCUAUCAGAACGGGACUAACUAUGAGGAUGGAGUCGUAUCCGUUACUCAAUGCCCCAUUGCGCAAAAUGAGUCGUUUCUGUACUCCUUCGAGGCUCAGAACCAGACGGGAACCUACUGGUAUCAUAGCCACUACUCGACACAAUAUUGCGAUGGCCUGCGUGGGGCUUUGAUAAUCUACGAUCCAGAAGACCCUCUAUCCUACUUAUACGAUGUUGACGAUGAGACCACCGUAAUCACCCUGGCUGACUGGAACCAUGCAGUUUCCCCUGUUUUGAACCAUUUCGUCACUGUUUAUGGUAAUACAACACUCAUCAAUGGUCUCGGUCGAUACCAAGGGGGACCCACUGAUACUGAACUUGCGGUGGUCAACGUUGAGUACGGUAAAAGAUAUCGCCUACGCAUCAUAGGAAUGUCUUGCGUUCCCAAUUUCAUUUUCUCCAUCGAUGGCCAUGACCUGACGGUCAUCGAAGCGGAUGGUCAGCUGACGGAGCCCCUCCUCGUGGACUCGGUCCAGAUACUUGCUGGACAACGAUACUCUGCCGUGCUCAAUGCUAAUCAGCCAGUCGACAAUUACUGGAUACGGGCAUUCCCAAAUACCCCAAACUCGACCUUCUACGGUGGCCAGAACAUGGCCAUCUUGCGAUACCAGGGUGCACCCAUCGCAGAGCCAACUACGAAUCAAACCACAAGUACUAUGCCGCUUCUCGAGACCAACUUGCAUGCGCUCAUUAAUCCUGGUGCACCUGGUAUUCCGGGAUAUGGAAAUGCAGAUAUCAACCUAAUGAUGUUUGUCAGCAAAGUAAAGGGAAUAUUUUACAUCAACGGUGUUGCAUUUGAGCCUCCCUCAGUGCCCGUGCUGCUCCAGAUCCUCAGCGGCGCACAGGAGGCAACCGAUCUCCUUCCAGACGGAAGUGUUUAUGUUUUAGAGCGUAACAAGGUUGUCGAACUGACGAUGAUAAAUGGUGAACUCCUUGGUCCUCAUCCAAUUCAUCUUCACGGUCAUAGCUUUGAUGUCGUUCAAAGCGCUGGUAACAGCUCUUUCAAUUACGUCAAUCCCGUGCGCAGGGAUGUAGUAUCCGUCGGAAUUGGAGGCCAACAGAUGGUGAUUAGAUGGGUCACAGAUAACUCUGGUCCAUGGUUCCUGCAUUGUCACAUGGACUGGCAUCUUGAGGAUGGUUUCGCUGUAGUUAUGGCCGAAAGUCCCUCGGAGAUUAAGAAACUUCAAAACAGCCAACCCCACGCAUGGAAAAAUCUUUGCCCAACAUUCGACUCGUUGACCCUAUCUCAGAUCGGAGCAGAGAAUUCGUAUGAGGAAGCGGAAAAUCUCGCCGUCGCCUGGGGGCAAAAUAUCACCACAGCGC